AUGACUGCUAUGGCCAGUAGCCCCAAAAGGGGUCAUAACUGGCCCCCAAUGGCAAUGGCAUUGGCCAUUCUUUUGAUUUCUACUACUGUUGUUUCUGCUGCAGCAGAUAGUUAUGUUUACUCUUCACCUCCACCACCUUAUGAGUAUAAGUCACCACCACCACCGUCACCUUCACCACCACCACCAUAUGUGUACAAGUCACCACCUCCUCCACCAUAUGAGCACAAAGCUCCAUCUUAUGUGUACAAAUCACCACCUCCACCAUCCCCAUCACCACCUCCUCCUUAUGUGUACAAGUCACCACCUCCACCAUCCCCAUCACCACCUCCUCCAUACGUUUACAAGUCUCCACCACCACCACCAUAUGAACACAAGGCUCCAUCAUAUGAGUACAAGUCACCACCUCCCCCGUCUCCAUCACCACCACCUCCUUAUGUGUACAAGUCACCACCUCCUCCGUCUCCAUCACCACCACCUCCUUAUGUGUACAAGUCACCACCUCCACCACCAUAUGAACACAAGGCUCCACCAUAUGUGUACAAGUCACCACCUCCUCCAUCUCCAUCACCCCCACCACCAUACUAUUACAAAAGUCCUCCACCACCCUCUCCCUCGCCUCCACCUCCAUACUACUACAAAUCUCCUCCACCACCCUCACCUUCACCUCCCCCACCAUACUAUUACAAGUCUCCACCACCACCUUCUCCCUCACCACCACCUCCAUAUUACUACAAAUCUCCCCCACCACCCUCACCCUCCCCUCCCCCACCAUACUACUACAAGUCUCCUCCACCACCAUAUAUACACAAGGAUCCACCAUACUAUUACAAGUCCCCACCACCACCUACACCAUCUCCUCCACCACCCUACUACUACAAAUCUCCCCCACCACCUUCACCAUCUCCACCACCGCCGUACUACUACAAAUCUCCUCCCCCUCCAUCUCCUACUCCCCAUACCCCAUACUACUACAAGUCUCCCCCACCACCCAAGGUCCUUCCCCCACCAUACUAUUAUAACUCUCCUCCUCCGCCUGUUGCGUAUCCUCACCCACAUCCAUACCACCACUCAUUGAUUGUGAAGGUAAUCGGUAAAGUCUACAGCUUCAGGUGUUAUGACUGGGAGUAUCCUGAAAAAUCUCAUGACAAGAAACAUCUCAAAGGUGCUGUUGUUGAGGUGACAUGCAAAGCUGGGAGCAAAAUCAUUAAGGCUUAUGGUAAAACUAAGAUCAAUGGAAAGUACAGCAUCACAGUUGAGGACUUUGACUAUGUCAAAUAUGGUGCCACAGUGUGCAAGGCAUCCCUUUAUGCUCCACCUAAAGGCUCCCCCUUUAACAUACCUACUAAGCUAAACGAAGGAACUAAAUUGUACUUGUAUUCCAAAGACAAGUAUGAGGUUGUGCUUAAGGCUAAGCCAUUUGCUUAUGCUUCAAAGAAACAUUUUAAAGAAUGUGAGAAGCCCAAGCCAUCACCAACUCCAUACUACUACAAAUCACCUCCACCACCCACACCAGUUUACAAGUACAAAUCGCCGCCUCCUCCAGUCCAUUAUUAUUCACCUCCAUAUUACUACAAAUCACCACCUCCUCCUGUGAAAUCGCCACCAACUCCUUACUACUACAAAUCCCCUCCACCUCCCUCACCGGUUUACAAGUACAACUCACCACCUCCACCGGUUUACAAGUACAAGUCGCCUCCUCCCCCAAUCCAUUAUCCCUCACCGGUUUACAAGUACAACUCACCACCUCCACCAGUUUACAAGUAUAAGUCACCUCCUCCCCCGGUCCAUUAUCCCUCACCAGUUUACAAGUACAACUCACCACCUCCCCCAGUCCAUUAUUAUUCUCCUCCAUAUUCCUACAAGUCACCUCCACCUCCCUCUCCGGUUUACAAAUACAACUCACCACCUCCACCGGUCCAUCAUGAUUCACCCCCAUAUUACUACAAGUCACCUCCACCCCCCUCACCGGUUUACAAGUACAACUCUCCACCUCCACCGGUUUACAAGUAUAAGUCACCUCCUCCUCCGGUCCAUUAUCCCUCACCGGUUUACAAGUACAACUCACCACCUCCCCCAGUCCAUUAUUAUUCUCCUCCAUAUUACUAUAAGUCACCCCCACCUCCCUCUCCGGUUUACAAAUACAACUCACCACCUCCACCAGUCCAUCAUGAUUCUCCCCCAUAUUACUACAAGUCACCCCCACCCCCCUCACCGGUUUACAAGUACAACUCACCACCUCCACCAGUUUACAAGUAUAACUCACCACCUCCCCCAGUUCAUUAUUAUUCUCCUCCAUAUUACUACAAGUCACCUCCACCUCCCUCUCCAGUUUACAAAUACAACUCACCACCUCCACCGGUCCAUCAUGAUUCUCCCCCAUAUUACUACAAAUCACCUCCACCCCCAUCACCGGUUUACAAGUACAACUCACCACCUCCACCAGUUUACAAGUACAACUCACCUCCUCCCCCGGUCCAUUAUCCCUCACCGAUUUACAAGUACAACUCACCACCACCUCCAUAUUAUUACAAGUCCCCACCUCCACCAUCCCCAUCCCCUCCUCCACCAUACUAUUAUAAGUCCCCACCACCACCAUCACCAUCUCCACCACCACCUUACUAUUAUAAGUCACCUCCUCCACCUAAGGAGAUUUCAAACCCACCAUACUACUAUAAGUCACCACCCCCACCAUCACCUUCCCCUCCUCCACCCUACUAUUAUAAGUCCCCACCUCCACCAUCACCAUCCCCACCCCCUCCAUACUAUAACAAAUCUCCUCCACCACCAUCACCAUCACCACCACCUCCCUACUCUUACAAAUCACCUCCACCACCAUCACCAUCUCCACCACCUCCCUAUUAUUACAAAUCACCUCCACCACCCUCACCAUCACCGCCACCUCCUUACUAUUACAAAUCUCCCCCGCCUCCAUCUCCAUCACCACCACCUCCUUAUCACUAUCAAAGUCCUCCUCCACCAUCUCCCAUUUCUCAUCCUCCCUACUACUACAAAUCCCCUCCACCACCGUCGCCAUCUCCUCCACCUCCUUACCUUUAUGUGAGUCCUCCCCCACCAGUAAAGUCACCUCCACCACCAGCUUAUAUCUAUGCUUCACCACCACCACCUAUAUACAACUAA